AAGCAGACGACGUGAUUGGCUGCCGCGUCCUCGCGAGAUUUCUCUGCCGGCAUUAAACAAACGUGAGGCGCUCGUCGGUCGGUGGGUUCUGGUUUCUGAAAACAAAUUAUUCGUCAGCUCAGAAAGUCGCGUCCUGAGUGACCGGCGCCGCCAUUAUGCUCUUCUAUUCGUUUUUCAAGUCUCUGGUGGGGAAGGACGUUGUGGUGGAGUUAAAGAACGACUUGAGCAUUUGUGGGACUCUGCAUUCUGUAGAUCAGUAUCUGAAUAUCAAACUAACAGACAUCAGUGUGACCGACCCAGAGAAAUAUCCGCACAUGCUGUCGGUGAAGAACUGCUUUAUCCGCGGCUCUGUGGUCCGCUACGUCCAGCUUCCUGCCGAUGAGGUGGACACCCAGCUCCUUCAAGAUGCUGCAAGGAAGGAGGCGGUUCAACAGAAGCAGUGAUGUGCGAGCAUAUCUGAGUCCAGCGAUCACAUUCUGGGCCAUCUUGCCUCUCAGGUGUUUACCUGUAAGCUUGGCACUUGGACUACUGGUAAUUUAAAGGAGACGAAAGUAUGCAGCCUUUCUGCUGAUGGGUUUUUUUUUUUGGUCCCCCAGGGUGUAAUUCCUUUGGUUUCCUGUUGGUGUCACUGUUGACUGUUAAUUUUUUUAAUUUUAUUUUUUUAUGUAUAAGUGUCCUAAUCUAGGAGGUGAUACUAAAGGGUUAAUCGAACGCCACCUCCUUCCCUGAGCAGGAGUAAAGUUGCUGAACCCCUAACGCUAUCUUGACGCGCUGUGGACAUGCUACAGAUUUUGCUGUCCAGAUCUGCAGCAGGUGUCCGUUCUUAGUGCAGAUUUCACCUGUUGCAAUGCCAAUUGCUUGUAAAGCUCUCCAAUCUCUUGCGGCUGGACAGGACUCCGUACUAGGACAGUCCUUUUUGUGCGUCUUGCCCUUUACUACCACCCUAUUUGAUUAAGAAAUGCCAUAUUUAAAGGGGUGCAUGCAACUGAGAAGAAGUCACUCACUCUUGUCCCCUGAGCUGCAAUUCCAAACACAGCAUAUGGACAAGAGUGGCGCUGUUUCUCGGAAGGUGCAGGGAUCGUGGUCGUGCAUUUUACACUUUUUUUUUAUUUAUUUUUUUUAUCAUGAUGGUCCUGCAGGAGCACAGUAUCACCAGCGGACUGCAAUUUUCCAGAAAUUAACCCUAUCUGUUAAAUCAGCAAACCCAGUUUAUUGUUAGACUUAUGUGGUGAAAAGAAGACGAGUGCGAUAUUUUUGCCUCCACUGAAGGGUUCAUGGGGCAGAUUGAUUUUUGUUCUAUUUUUAUGUUUAUAAAUAAAAAAUAAAAAAUUUUGGGUUCCACUGGGCCCACAGUCA